CCGAGCAGUUCAAGCUUAGAUUCCCACGUGGCUUCCACGGCUACCCAUACACCAUCACCAAGCUCGAGGGUUACGGUUUGCCAAAGGGCUACAUCACCUGCAUUGGUAUUGCCGCCACCAUGGGUGUCGCUGCCCUCAUCACCGCCACCGCCAGAUCCACCAAGCGCCCACACGAGUCCCACGGACCAGCUUGGGAGGCUGCCACCAAGGAGUACAUCAAGGAGGUCAAGGCCGACCCAAUCUACUUUUUGCCAAACGAGAAGUAGAUAUAGAGGAGAUAGCGAUAGCAAUAGCGAUAGCAAUAUACUCAGUGUCACAAUUAACCUUAUAUACUUGGAAGGAGCUAGCUCGAAUGCCAACUCUACAUACCAAUAUACUACUAUC